AUGACCAAUUACCUGCAUACCUCUCCCUUGAUGAUUGUUGGUAGUAGAGACUCAGAGAACCAUGACAAACGGCCCGUUAUCACAGCUGAAGAACCAAUGGAAACCAACCUGCAGCUCUUAUGGCUGACUAGAUCCGUUCGAUUGAAAUCGGGGGACGUGAAUCCCUUCCAUGUGGUGGGCUUCAAUUCUGGCCCCAUGCAUACGUUUCAGCUUUGGCCCAUAGGGGGGUUUCUGGGGCUGUCAUUCAGUAUCUCGAUUCCAAGAUGUGCAGAGAAUUACUACAUCCAGCAAUUGGCGUUGAAUGAACUUGCCCAAUUGUUAGAGAGUUGGGCUAUGCGCCCAGCAGUUAAUGAACAGGGGGCAGCGGGUCUGAUGAGCACAAUUGCGCACAUAAACCUGAAACUAACUUUCGAAUGUCAUAUUCUGGCGAAGAUGUGUCUAGGCUGCUUGUUCAAAGUCAAAAGAACGAAGAAGGAUCGGUAA